AUGGGGAUAUCCUAUAGAUCGGCCAUCAUACCCGCUGUCCUGGGGAUAUCCUAUAGAUCGGCUGUCAUACCCGCUGUCCUGGGGAUAUCCUAUAGAUCUGUCAUACCCACUGGAUAUCCUAUAGAUCGGCCAUCAUACCCGCUGUCCUGGGGAUAUCCUAUAGAUCGGCUGACAAUCAUAACAGCUAAAAAAAACAAUAAACCUUUAGCUAAGAAAGGGGCCUUUGGGGCUGCACAAGAAUGUGGAAAGCCUCAGAUAUCCAAUCGGAUCAUGGGAGGGACUAGUGCGCAGGCCGGUCAGUGGCCGUGGCAAGUCAGCUUACGGUUGAAUGGACGUCACUUUUGUGGUGGAUCUCUGAUCAGUAACACGUGGGUGGUGUCGGCCGCUCACUGUAUAACAAGCAGCGUCACCACCUCCUCGCUCACCGUCCAUCUUGGUACCUACCAAAUCUCUGUGCCAAAUUCUCAAGAAAUCUCUGUUAAUGUGAAGAGUUUUAUUAAGAAUCCGAAUUAUGUGAACGCAGGAUCAAUGGGGGACAUCAGCCUCAUCCAAUUGGUGGACAACGUGACCUUCACCUCUUACAUCCUCCCCGUCUGCCUCCCUACAGCCAACGUAGUCUUCCCUAUGGGCCUCAUGUGUUGGGUCACCGGCUGGGGAAACACUAAGUAUGGCGUGAGUCUUCCGAGCCCCGAGACUCUACAGGAAUUGAAGCUGCCCCUGAUCGAUACGGAGACCUGCGAUGGGCUCUAUCACAUUCAGUCCGGGACCAGUACCACAACUCCAAUUAUCCUGGAUGACAUGAUGUGUGCAGGAUAUAAAGCGGGGGGAUAUGACUCGUGUCAGGGUGACUCGGGGGGCCCCUUGGUGUGUUCUCAGAAUGGACAAUGGUUUUUGGCUGGGUUGGUGAGUUGGGGAGAUGGAUGUGGAUUGACGAACCGUCCCGGAGUCUACACCAAACUAACAUAUUAUUCUGACUGGAUUAAGUCGAUUGCUUCAGACUCAGGGGAGAAUAUCCGGAAUGUCACGUUCAACAGCACGGUCAAUAGAAGCGCUUACCUGUACCCCCCCGGCACCAGCAAAGCUACAAGGGUCCCCUAUGUGUUUCCAGUCUUGUCCAUCAUGGUUCUGCUCAUCACCUGGUGAGGACGGUUCUGUGUAGUGGUCAACCUGGCCACUCGUAGACCGACACAACCAGACAAUGUAAUAUGCAUUGUAAACAUACGUGAAGAGAGAAUGGGCCGCACUCAACAGCUUAAAAGUGCAAACAGUGCUUUUUCUUCAUUUCAGAGGUGCAUCAAACCACAUCAGGUAGCAGGACAAUUCACAAGUUCCUUGGCAUAAGAACGGGUGACAGCUGUUGCGCACACGCAACAGCUGUCAUCCGUUCUUAUGCUGAGGAACUGGUGAGGAAGUGGUAAGCUGGUGAGUGCGGCCCAUUCUUUCUUCACGUAUGUUUAUGUUGGAUAUCUCCCUCUUCCUGGUCUUGUUGUACCGCAGCAGGUGCAUGAAGUGUGAACCACGGUCCCCUGUUUGUUAGACUACAUACUACUGGGUUAGUGUCCAAGUGGAGCAAGAUAAAGGGGGUUGGAGUGCCGGCUUCUGUUUCUUUUAUAUACUAUAAUUUGUAUUGCGUUACAAUGAGCAAAUUGGGUUAAUUCAACACAAGAUCCAACAAGAAGAGGAGCACGGAGUCAAGGAGUGACCUGAAGACCCCUCCACCAACAACAGGGCCUGUAAAUAUAAAGACACCCCUAGCUGGCCUCAAGUCUCAUGCACUGGAUGUAACGUCCCCAUUCAUAUCACAUCACAAAAAACCUAUAUACCCUUUGAAGCCUCAUCGACCAUGAAAAUCAUCUACUAAUGACUGUUUUUGGUCUAUUUCAUGAAAGUUGACUUUUUUGGCAACUAUUGUAGUGAGUUCAUUGCACUCUUGUACUGGCCUCUGUGAUAAGGGUUCAUCAGGAAAUUUUACAAAGGUCCUAAUAAUCAUUUUUAUAUAAUUGCACUUAUCUAUCUUUUCUGUUUUCUUUAUAUUUGAAAUCAUUUUUUUAAAUUUGUAUUUGAAAUAAAA